AUGUCCGAAAACAUUGCUGCUGUCUCUGCUCCUGCCGGAUCCUGCAAAAAAGACUCGUCCCCUUUGAGUUCCCCUUCCCACUCCGCGCCUGGAUCCCCACACCAAAACAGAAUGCCGGCGCCUGAGAGCGACCCAGAAUCGUCUUCGCUGUCCGAAAGCGCCGCGUCUUCCUCUGAGCAGGUAUCUGUGAAUGCCGAAACUACUUCUGCAAAUGUCCGCCGGCCUUCUACACAAGACUCACACGAAGACCUGCGCCCACAGGCCACGCAAAGGCCUUCUUUUGGCUUGAGCUUCCUCUCUUCAUUCUCUAACACCAUUCGCGGCUCUGUGUCGCUGGCGGCCGCUGCUGCUGAAUCUUCAGGGCACUUUAUGUCGAACAGCCCCACGAUUGGUAAUCUCAGCGGGUUUGCCGAGGAAUCUCCUUCCACAGCCACUAGAGGCUCUGUUGCAUCAGCACCAACCAGCCAAGGGCCCGUCGUUCGUGACCUGCAAGAAGCUGAAGCUCGAGAAGAAACCACAAUGUGCAUUACUGAAACGCGGGACGAAGCACCAGAGUCUACUGUGGCUGAGCCAGACACCCCAGAAUCGGGCAAAGAUAAAGAUGGAUUCUACUCGAUCCGGUUGACCCCUAUAAUCGACCACUCAUCAUCAAACAGUGGCUUAUAUUUUUCGCCUGUGAUUCGCCGCAUCAAACCCAAAGAUCUGAUCUCCAUUGGCAGAUACACAGAGAAAAACAAAAGCGCUGCACAUGCACCACAGGGCUCCUCAGCACCGGUAGUUUUUAAAUCCAAGGUUGUUUCUAGAACACACGCGUUGUUUCAAUGUAAUGAGGAAGGCCUGUGGUUUAUCAAGGACUGCAAAUCAUCUUCCGGUACGUUCUUGAACAAUAUUAGAUUGUCUCAGGCGUCACAGGAACUGACGCUCUGGCCACUAAUAGAUGGCGAUAUUGUCCAAUUGGGUCUAGACUACAGAGGAGGUACCGAGGAAGUGUACAGAUGUGUCAAGAUGAGAUGUGAAUUCAAUCGUAGCUGGCAGAGGAAAGUCAACCGUUUCAACUUGGACAUUCACAACAGAAUGAAGAGCCUCGGCCUCAACACUGAAAACCAGAAGGGUGAAGAGUUAUCUGAAUGUGCUAUCUGUUUAUUCAAGCUCGAACCAUGUCAAGCGCUAUUCAUUAGUCCCUGCUCACAUUCGUGGCAUUACAAGUGUAUUCGACCCAUUAUAAUUAAAGAGCUAUCCACAGUUCUACUGUCCCAAUUGCCGGUCCAUUUGUGA